CGUCACCAAUCCCCCUCCACCGGCAGCGCAGCCAAUCAGGACGCUGCGAGACGACGCCGCUCUCCGCCGGUCCCGGCGUCGGCGUCGGCGUCAGAACACAAACUGCUCCCAUGGAGAAAAGACGUACGAGGUGAACCGAAGAGUAUAUUAGAAAUCUGUGAUAAUGGCAGACCAACAGUUCUGUCUAAGAUGGAACAACCACCAAAGCACACUGAUCUCAGUGUUCGACUCUCUAUUGGAGAGGGGUGCUAUGGUGGAUUGCACUCUAGCAGCAGAAGGGCAGUGUUUACAAGCACAUAAAGUUGUGCUUUCAGCAUGCAGUCCAUAUUUAGAGACUUUGCUGAGCCAGCAUUACGACAAACACCCUAUUCUGCUCUUGAAAGAUGUGAAGUUCUACGAGCUUCAAGCCAUGAUGGAUUACAUGUACCGUGGAGAAGUGAAUGUGGCGCAAGAUAAAUUAGGCAUGUUUUUAAAAGCUGCAGAAUCCUUACAAAUUAAAGGAUUAUCAGACAGUGGGGGAAAUGAACCACCUGAUACAGGUGGGGGGACAAGUGCUAAACGGACUAGUAAAGGUGCUCCAGUAACAAAUGUUCCACGCUCUGGCGGUGGAUUAACAGUGGAAAGGCGGAGGCCACAACAACCUCAAACUUCGCAAGUAGUGGACAUUCCUUCAGAUAGUGGUUCUCGUGAUGGUAGUGAAUCCCCUUCAUUAAGAAGAAAACGACGGCGAAGAACAUCAGGUGGUGAUGAUAGUGCUGUUGAGGGUGACUCUUCCAAUACUGGGGAUGUGUCUCGUACACAGUCCUCGGCCCCCCUUAGUUCUGACCAAGUGCCAAUGAAUGGUUCAGCGGACAGUAAUGCCUUAGGAAUUCUUUCAUCCCUUAUGGAUGGAUCUGUUGAGACUGAUAAUAGUGUACAAGAACCCGGACCGUCAUUAGGAGCAACAAGUCAAACCCAGCCUUCACAACGGAUACGAGAAAAAAUGGAACCUACCUCAGCUGAAAUGAUUCAACCCAAAGCAGAGUACCUGGAAUCUGAAGAAAAUGUCGAGGACCUUACAUUGGAUGACGACGACACUGGAAUGGAUGCAGGACCCUCACAACGGCAAGGAUCAGGAUAUCAAUGGCACAUGGGCGAUCAGUCAGCAGAUGAAGUCUUCAUGGCAGCUCAAGAGGCAGUUGGCGCUAACAGAGAUGCACAAGAUCAGUGGAUUGAUGGGGAUGAGCGGAACGAGCGUUCCCGCAUUUUGGCCGCCUGGGCCUUGGCCAAUCACCAGCCGCGUCACCCGAACUCUUUUGGCAACCUGCCACCCCUCCCUGAUGGCAUAACGGCGCACCCUGUGAUUCCAACCCCCUUGAGUGCCGCUCUAGCUGUGCGGCCUAGCAGCAAGUCUCCUGGCCGAUUUGAGUGCCCUCGUUGUGGGAAAGUGUAUCGCUGGAAAGGCAAUUUAAAGCAGCAUCUCAACGUGGAAUGUGGCAAGGAACCACAACUCCAGUGUCUGUAUUGCCCGUACCGUUGUAAACAUAAGAGUAGCAUGAACCGUCACAUGAAACAUCUCCAUGCGUGGAGCCCAGCGGCACACGGCGACACUCGUUGGAACAGUACUGCAGACUCGCCUCCUGGCUCUGUCCAAAAUGGCUUCUUGGACGCGGACUGAGUGCAGCCCAUUGAUUUUCAUGUGGUGUUACUUGCUUUCUCUGGUCGUGAUUUAAGUUCCUAACAAUUGAGUUACAUUUCAUCUAUUUAUUGUAUUUUUGUACUUUCUUGUAUGUAACUAGUUUGUUACAAUCGGCCUCGCUAUGAUAUUAUCAGCUUAGAUAAACCUUAGUUUUACGACGCGAUAGGAACGUACGUAGCGUUUUCACUCAUUUCACUUAAGCCGCUGAUUCGUCUUUCCGGUGUUGUGGUGUGGAUCAGAGCUCCAUAAAAUCGUUCUAUUUGACCGACCAAGGUGAUUGACGCACAGUAUAAAGUUUUUCUUGUAUUUCGAGGCUAUAUAAUGAAUUUUGAGGACGCGUGGAUAACUUCAAUAGCUACCCUUGAUAUCCCAGAACCCUCUGCUUCCAAAAGGAAGCCUUGGAAUUUGCGUCUGGUUAUCCAAGGCAAGCCCUUGCAUAUCAGACAAAAAUUCCAAAACUUCCCCUUCACUGUGAAAACUAGUAGAAAGGUUUACGAAAUCCACAGGCGAGUAAAAAUUUGCUCUCGUAAGUUUACAAAUUAAAUUAUAAUUUGAGUUUACAAAAAUCUCACGAAUUUACGACGAUAUUCUUAGCAGUGUCGGAUGAAGAGGGUUUCAAGUAUUGCUAUUGAAGUUAUCCACCCGUCCUUAAAAGUCAUGAGAUAACAUUGAAAUACAAGGAAAACUUUGUAUCGCGCGGCGCUUAGCGCUGACCGUACGCUGACCGCCGCUCGGUCAGCGCCGACUGCCUCGGUUGACUGCCUCGGUUGGCCAGAUACGGCGAUUUAGCAGCGCUCUGGUGUGGAUGCCUUACAAACUAGUCAAAUUUUGCUGUAGUAUAUUUCAACUAACGCACUUGAAAGUGCACAAUUACGGAGCUGCAAACUUGCAAGUGUUAAGCAGCUGCAGUUGGUUUUGAUAAAUGUAUUUGUCUAUCAAUUGUCAUUAAGUGUAUUUUUGAUGUACGGCCAUGCAUUUUUUAACACACUUAGUGUGUCAAUCUUGGUCAAAAGCAUAAAACAGCUACGUACCAGCUACUAACAAGCUACGACAGCUAAUUUGAUUAGCUUCCCCAAAUCAGCUAAAACGGUAGUCCUGCGCGGCCGAGGGGGCUUCAACUUUCUUUUAGAGUGUACACCAGCCUGCGAAAUUGCUUGAGAAAUAUUUGGACUUCUUGACAUAUAACAACUGAAAGUAGGAAAAUCGCACUAUUUUCGCCACCCUAUGGAACUGUACGUCAAGAGAUUCGAGAAGACUCUUGAAGAUUGCCAGGCACGGUAAAAAUGUUCGUUCCUUGUAUUUCAAGACUUAUUGAUCGUUGAUGCCAUUGACGUUCUCCAAGAUCCAAAAACUAAAACUAGGUCUUGAAAUGCAAGAAACUUUUUUUUUUACCGUAAAAAGGGUGUACCCCAGAUUGCUUGAGUUGAGGUCCCCUCGGUUCUGACAAUUAAUAUUUUUUUUCGUGCCAGGCCACUUAUAAAAAUGUUGUAUUUAAACAUUUUGGAUGUUGGGGAAGUUGUUUGAUCUCAUUCUAGUUUUAUCGACGUAAUACAUAGUAGAACUUUUAAUAUGAUAAUAUAUAAUAAGUUUUGGAGUUGGAAUGUUUUCUAAUUUUACUAGGAUGUAAAAUGUUAGUUCUCCGAAAAUAUCAAUAUAAUUACUUCACGUAAUAAAAUAUGUCACGCCGAAA